CUUCAACUGGAUGUGAAACACUCUAAAGAAGCCAUCUAUGAAGUCCCCUUCGUUCUUUGCCCAUACUUGCCUGCAGAUUAUCUCCCAGUGCCCAUCUUUUCCCCUGCUAUUUCCUUGAGUCCACAUCAGUGCUCUGUAUAGAACAUGGUGGCCAUGCCGGUGCCUAAUCAGACUGCUGUCUCCGAGUUCAUCCUCUUGGGUUUCCCAGGCCUCCAGCAGAUUUUCCAUACCCCGGUCUCCGUUAUAAUGUUUCUUGUCUACAGUGUUUCCUUGAUCGCCAACAGCAUAGUCAUCAUUUUGAUCGUUCUGAAGGGAAACCUACACCAGCCCAUGUAUAUCGUUAUUGGAAACCUUUCUCUCUCCGACCUUCUCUUCGACACAAUAACUCUACCCAAAAUCAUUGCCAAAUAUUGGUUCGGAGCAGGAUCUAUGACGUACUAUGGAUGCUUCUUCCAGCUCUUCUGUGUCCAUUACCUUGGAAGCCUUGACUCCCUCAUCAUUAUGCUGAUGGCUAUUGACCGUUAUGUUGCUAUCUGCAAACCCCUCAGGUACCACUCCAUGAUGACCAUAAGGUUAGUGGUUCUUAUCUGUUACUGUUUUUGGGCUCUGGAUGCAAUUCAGGUGGCCAUUUUGGUUGUUUAUAAUGCAAGACUUUCUUACUGUGGACCUAAUAAAAUCAAGAACUGUUUCUGUUCCAUUACAUUUCUAUCAGCUUUGGCCUGUGAUGACCGUACGUUUGUAAUAACAUUGAGCUAUAGUUUUGCUAUGUGUGCCUUACUCAUCCCAUUGGCUGUUAUUAUACUGUCCUAUUUGCUCAUAAUCAGGGUUGUACACAUGUCGGCCGGCAGUGGCAACUGGCAGAAGGCAUUUUAUACCUGUACCACUCACUUGUUUGUUAUUGGCUUGUACUAUAUCCCCAGGGUGUUUCUUUAUACUACGAGCAAGAUCCCUUUGAUUCUUGAUGCAGAUGUAAAUGUCUUACUGCUUUGUCUCUACACUUAUAUUCCCCAUUUAGCCAGCCCCCUUAUAUAUUGCCUUAGAACGGCAGAAAUUAGAACUAUAGUUGGACAGAUUUUCUAUAAGACAUUGAACAUAAAGUGUGAAGGCACUCUAUAGUAA